AGGGUUGGAGGACCGGCGGGGCCGGGGCAGCCCCUCUCUCUCUCUCUCUCUCACAUUUCUUGAUGUUCCAUCCACCGCAAGGCAGCUUCGCUUUCCUUUGUUCGCUUGGUAUGCUUCCCGUCUACCCUUCCUCCCUCAUUGCUGCCCCUUUGUUCGUCAAGUAAAAGGGCAGAAGGGAGGGAGAAUCUCCUCUUCCGAGGAAGCGCCUUUCUUCCUUCCUGGCUGCCACUUUCUCUCAAAAUCGCUACGAAACACCGAUGGACGGCGCCGGCAGUUGGGACGCCCUUGAAUGGACAAAAAUCGAGCCGGUCACUAGGUCGGUCUCUCAUGGCAUGAACAAAUUCCUUCUGGAGGCUGAGGAAGUUAUCGUGGAGGGUUUCGGAGUUGUCCUUGUAAAUACAGAUGAGGCUGGUACCUUAUUAGUUACCAAUUUUCGUUUGCUCUUUGUGAGUGAGGGAUCCAGAAAACUUAUUGCACUUGGAACCAUACCAUUGGCAACAAUUGAGCGGUUCAACAAACAAGUGAUAAAAGCUUCUUAUGGUCCACGUCAAAGUGAGAAAACAACCUCACGUCGCUUGCUUCAAGUCAUAGGUAAAGACAUGAGAAUUAUUGUCUAUGGAUUCCGCCCUCGUACUAAGCAGAGGCGAGCUGUUCUUGAAUCUCUUUCCCGGUGCAUAAGGCCAAAACGACUUUGGGAUCUUUAUGCAUUUGCAUGUGGACCUUCAAAGUUUAAGAGUUCCAACCCAAAAUCACGACUAUUAAAUGAGUAUCUACGGCUGUUAGGGAAGGAUCGCUCACAUGUAUCAGGCAGUUUGUGGGAGGACAAAACAUUGCUUGUGGCUAACAAAUGGUGGAGGAUAAGUAAUGUUAAUUCCAAUUAUACAAUGUGUGCAACUUAUCCAUCUACUUUGAUAGUUCCUAGUUGCAUCAGUGAUGACGAAGUACUACAAGCUUCUACAUUCCGUGCAAGGUGUCGGUUGCCGGUCAUCUCAUGGUGUCAUCCUAAGACAGGAGCUGUAGUGGCACGCUCCUCCCAACCAAUGAUUGGUCUUAUGAUGAAUGCUAGGAGCAAUGCUGAUGAAAAGCUUGUUGCAGCACUUUGUGCCCCAAAUUCAGGAGAUACAGGUUAUAAGAGGAAGCUUUAUAUAGCUGAUGCAAGGCCUAGAAAAAAUGCUUUGGCAAAUGGUGCCAUGGGAGGUGGCUCAGAGUCAUCCUCAAACUACUUCCAGUCUGAGGUUGUUUUUUUGGGGAUUGACAAUAUACAUGCCAUGAGGGACAGUCUUGCUCGGUUGAGAGAGUAUUUAGACACUCAUGGUGCCGCCUCAUCAGAUGGAUUAUCUUCUUUCUUGAGAAAUGGUGGAUGGACCUGGGGAGGUGGGAACUUAAGCAGCAUGUCUGCCUCUGUCUCAACACUUGGUGACAGUGGAUGGUUGAUACAUGUCCAUAGUGUUUUGGCUGGUUCUGCUUGGAUUGCUGCUCGUGUUGCUCUAGAAUCUGCUUCAGUGCUUGUCCAUUGCAGUGAUGGAUGGGAUAGAACAAGUCAACUUGUCUCUCUAGCUAGUUUGUUACUUGAUCCAUACUAUCGGACAUUUGACGGGUUUCAGGCACUUGUAGAAAAAGAUUGGCUUGCAUUUGGACAUCCCUUUUCAGAUCGGAUGGGGAUGCCUACUGCUCUUGGGACUAGUGGCAUGAAUGAAUUGUCCCGACAAUCCUCAGGUGGAAACAUAUCUUCUUCGCCUGGCCGAGGACCUUCUGGAUCGCAACUCACCUCUUCAGUUGCUGGCUCAUCACAAGCACAGAUAUCAAGCAACUAUUCUCCAAUAUUCUUGCAGUGGAUUGAUUGUAUAUCCCAGUUGCUUCGAAUGUACCCUUGUGCUUUUGAAUUCUCAUUGGUUUUCCUAGUUGAUUUCCUCGAUUGCAUGCUUUCCUGUCGUUUUGGAAACUUUUUGUGCAACAGUGAGAAGGAACGACAACAAUCUGGAGUUGUUGAUGCCAGUGGAUGCAUGUGGGUUUAUUUAAAAGAUUUACGCAUGUCCGAAGGAUGCUUUCAUGCACAUUAUAAUCUCUUCUAUGAUAGAAUGGGGAAUGACGGCCCGCUAUUGCCCCCUGCAGCAGCAUUAGCUCCUACUCUUUGGCCACAGUUUCAUUUGCGUUGGGCAUGUCCACAAGAAUCACAGGCUGGGGAAAUUGACGCUCAUUACCGCAACAUGGCACAGAGAUUUACACAAAUUCAAAAGGCCAAAGAACAGGCGGAAGAGAAGGCAAAAGGUGUCACACUGAACAUGGAAGCACUGACAACAGAAUUGAUGAAGGAAAAACAGCUCAGGAGCUCAGCAAUGAAUUAUACAGCGCAGAUCUGCAGGGAGAAUCUUGCCAUAAAGCGGGCAAUGCAAUCUCUUGGAUGCAAGGUGCAGUUCUCAAGCAAUGGUGACUGUACAUUGAGCAUGGCAAGCCUUGAGCGGGAAGUAAGGCAAAGAGCCAUCCGCUCAUCCCCAAAAGAAUCAGAUGGUAGCGAGAAGCUGACCGAGACUUCUAUUGAUCUCUCUGUCGCUGGGUCAAUUAUGGAUGACAAGGAUUCAGCUAUCGAUUUUUUCAAGCAGGCAUGUGAAAAUUUAUGCCCAUUCAGGACUCCUGAAGGUUGCAGAUGGCCAGAUGCUGGCUGUGCACAGCUGGGAAGCCAGUUCGUUGGUUUAAAGGCAAAUUUUGAUGCACUUGACCAGCUCUCAAUUUAUGAUCGCUAUUUUGAUGCAGAGUCGUAAAUCAGUUGUUGCUGUGAAGAUGCCUUUUUCAGUACCGUUUGUGGCAGAACCUGUGGAAGUCCGCAUGGAUGGAAAUGGAAUCGAAGAUGGUUCAGGAAAAUCUGUAACUGGAGACUCGUGUCCAUGUCAUCCAUCAGGUUAUGAUAGACGAGAUUAUCUUGGUAUUGGUUGCUGCUGCCCUUGUCAGCACCCAGAACGAGGGUAGCUUGGACGAGAUAAGAUCGGACACAUGCAUCGGACGAUGGGUUCAUCCCCACUCCUUGAUCCAUAUAUAUAUAAACAAAAGUUGGUUAUUGUUUUAGGAGCGGCGGCAACCUUGAUCCAUCUUGAAGUUGUCUCCUCUGCAAUACCUGUAAUUUGUACAUAGCCGAACGCCCAUUCUUUGUAUGUACCUAACACAUGUCCAUCGAAGGCAUUUACCUUGCUGUACGGUUAACAGCUCGAGUCAGACGCCGGUGACUUGCUCAAGGAGUACGGAUGGUGUGGCCCUUAAAGUGGGCAGUUUUCUGUCAACGAUGUAAAAAGCUUGUAAUUGGUGGCAUUCUGCUCGAGAAGUUGCUCCAAAUCUCUCUUAAAUCAUUUUGCUAAUAAAAACUUAAAUGGAACGGUAUUCAGUUUCAGGUGGUAAAUAUACUCU